UGUCUCCUCAAAAGAAAAUCUCUGUUGGUUCAUUGCUGGGGACAUUCAGAAAAAUGUCGAAGAAGUCAUCAACUUAUCGAUUGAUUAUACGAAUGACGAAAUCGCCCUUGCUAUCUACCACUUGCAUUGCUGCUAUACUCCUUUUUGUUUAUGCAGACAGUCUAAUGUCUAAUCUUCCCAUUAAGGCUGGUGAGGCUCUUCCAUCACCUCAGACCAUGACGGCUCAACUUGUCGAAGGAGGAGGACAUGUUGAUGCCAGUUUAAACACCCUGCCAGGGUCUGUAGCUACCACCCCGGAAAGAAAGAUUGAAGAAGAAACUGAGAAUGAAGAUCCCCUAAUUCCUCCCUUCAAGGCAUCUGUAGAUGAAAGGAUGGAAUGGUUCAGGAGAAAACUACCCGAACUCGAAAUUCUCAAAUCAAAUGAGUUGAGUGAGAAAUUCCAUGGUCGAGUUUUGGAAUUGUACAACAACAAUUGUUCAGCUCAGUUCUUCAUGGUGUGGCUUUCGACAGCGCAGUCCUUCGGACCGAGAGAGUUCUUGGCCGUGGAUAGUCUGUUCAGCACCUCGCCAGACGGAUGCUUGCUGAUUUUGUCGAGCUCCUUGGACACCCCAAAAGGGUACAGGGUCCUGAAACAACUUCUUGAUCGGGGAUUUAACGUGCUCGCAGUCACACCCGACGUGCCCUUUCUAGUCAAGAAUACCCCAGCUGAAGCGUGGCUUGAUGAGUUGAAGAGUGGGAACAUGGACCCUGGUUCAGUUCCUUUAUUCAACCAUCUAUCUGAUCUCAUCAGGCUUGCAGUUUUGUACAAGUAUGGGGGAGUUUACUUGGACACAGAUUUCAUAUUCCUGAAAGAUUUAUCAGGGUUGAGGAAUGCCAUCGGCGCACAAAGUAUCAACCAAGUAACCAAAAAAUGGGCCAGAUUAAAUGGAGCAGUAAUGAUCUUUGACAUCCACCAUCCUGUUUUACUGGAAUUCUUGAAGGAAUAUGCCACCACUUUUAACGGAAACAGGUGGGGACACAACGGACCAUAUUUGGUUUCUAGGGUGAUGGAGAGAAUAAGAGACAACCCUGAAUACAGUAACAUUACAGUUUUCCCACCAAAGGCCUUUUAUCCGGUGGAUUGGAUUAAGAUAGCCAAGCUGUUUAAGAAGCCAGAAACGGAGGCAAACUCAAAAUGGACAGAUGACACGCUUGCUGAUAUAAGCAGUGAGAGCUAUGUAGUUCACUUGUGGAACAAGAGAAGCAGAGAAUUGAAGAUAGAGGAGGGAAGUGUGAUGGCUAGAUUGAUUGCAGAGCACUGUAACAUUUGCGACAACAUUUACAAACCUUGAAGCUCAACCUUCUCUAUCUGAAGCCAUUUUCCUCACCG